ACCUUGUCAGUAACGGUCCCUGGAGCAAAAAGCUAACGGUGCUCACGUUAAAUAACAUCAUUGUCUUGUGGUUAACGCUGGGAUGACUCGUAUUUUAUGAAGGGUUGCCACUUACAGCAAUGUGGGGAGUAUUGAUUUUGGUCCUACUUUGUGCUAACUGCAGCUUUCUAGCUGAAUAGAAACUACUCGAUGUAGUAAUAAUGAUAUGCAGUAGUAGUUUAUAUAAUCAGCUUGGAUAAAAGGAUUUUUACUAGAGGUGUCACAAUUAAUCGAUGAAUCGACUACUAAUCGAUCAUAAAAUUAAUUGACAACUAUUUUGAUAACCAGUGAAUCAGUUAGAGCCAUUGUUUAAAUUGUUGUUCAAAUUUCUCUUGAUUUCAGCCUCUCAACAGUUAAAUAUUCUCUCCUUUUCUGUAGUCGUUCAUGGAAGCAUAUUGAUCAUCUUUUGUAUUUUAUCAAAAUAAGACAUUUUCAAACAUCUGCUUUUACUUUGGAAAACGAUCAACAUUUUUGUUUUCUGACAUAUUACUGAUCAAACCAAUAACCAAUGAAAACUAUAGUUUAAUCUAGUACAAAAAUUAUUAUUUGCAGCUGUAGUAUGAAUAACCUGUAAUUGACAUGUUGAAUGUGAAGCAGCCUCAGAAGUGUACUAUCUCAAACUAGUAGCCCUUCAGAACAAUCAGUACCCAAGAAAUAGCUCUGUUUUGAAAAGGUUGAUGAGUACAACAUCACUCCCGCUCGUAUGAUAUUGCUUAUUGUUGUUGACUUGGUUUUGUUUAAUCAUUAAACAAUCACAAAUAAACAAUCUGUCAAUAAAAAAAGAUUUUGCAGCUAACUUUAAUGCAAAAUUAAUUUGUAUCUGAUUAUUUGGUGAAACAAUGGAAUAAAUGAUGCGAAAAAUAUUUGCUAGAGACAGCCAUAAUUUUUACUUUCACUUUACCAAGAACAAACCCACACAAACACAGGAAGGCUGGAGCCUGGAUGUGAACUCGCAUCCUCUGAACUGUAAGGCAGUCGUGCUAACCAAUCCGCUACUGUGUCUGGGGAGAUAAUGUUUGUUUUAAGUCGAUGCCGAUUCUGAUAUUUGACAGGAAAAAAAACGUAACUGAAAAUUUCACUGUUUUACAAUACUUUGUCCUUUAGUAUUUGUUUAAUUUUACAACAGAGAGGAAUUUACAAGUACAAAAACAUACAAAACAGCAUUAACUGAUGAAUUUAUCUUUAGAUUUAAGUCAUAAAUGUAUGCAGUGCAUAAGCAACAUCAUAAGUGAUGUUACUAGCAAAACAUGUGCAUGAUGGCCUUGAACAUUGAAUCACGUUUGUUCUAUUCCAUUAUGCUCUUUGUCAUGUAAUGAUAGCUUAAAAUAAAAAAACAGACGCUUUCUCAAAUGACAGUUAGAUUUUAAAUACAACCCCAAUUCCGAUGAAGUUGGGACCUUGUGUUAAACAUAAAUAAAAACAGAAUACAAAUAUUUGGAAAUCAUGUUCAACCUAUAUUUAAUUGAAUACACUACAAAGACAAAAUAUUUAAUGUUCAAACAGAUAUACUUUAUUGUUUUUUUGCAAAGAAUCAUUAAUUUAGAAUUUUAUGACUGCAACACGUUCCAAAAAUGCUGGGACAGGUGGCAAAAAAAACUGAGAAAGUUGAGGAAUGCUCUUCAAACACCUGUUUGCCACAUCCCAUAGGUGAAGAGGCUAAUUGGCAACAGGUGGGUGCCAUGAUUGGGUAUAAAAGGAGCUUCGCUGAAUUGCUCAGCCAUUCACAAGCAAUGAUGGGGCGAGGUUCACCUCUUUGUGAAUAAGUGCGUGAGAAAAUAGUCGAUCAGUUUCAGAACAAUGUUCCUCAACGUACAGUUGCAAGGAAUUUAGGGAUUUCAUCAUCUACGGUCCGUAAUAUCAUCAAAAGGUUCAGAGAACCUGUAGAAAUCACUGCAUGUAAGCGACAAGGUUGAAAACCAACAUUGAAUUUGAUCCCUCAGGCGUCAAAACCGACAUCAAUGUGUAAAGGAUAUCACCACAUGGGCUCAGGAACACUUCAGAAAACCAAUGUCAGUAAAUCGGCGCUACAUCCACGGUCUGCUUACCAUUCGGCGUUCCAGUCCAUGUCUACCCCUUCAGACCUGUCAGGUGGUAUGUCCCAUCCUGGCCCUUCCCCAGGUGCGGGCCUUUCACCCGGUCCCAUCCUGGGCCCCAGCCCCGGACCGGACCCUUCGCCCGGCUCCGUUCACAGCAUGAUGGGACCCAGCCCCGGGCCUGGAACGCCCAACGGGCCCCAUGGCAUGCAGGCACAGGCGCAGAGUGACUUCUCGCAAGAUGUCAUGUAUUCUAUGCACAAGCCAAUGGAGGGAAUGAACGAUAAAGCCAUGGCGGAUGCGAUGCACUUUGGUCACAUGAAAGGGGUGGGCAUGAGAACCCUCCACAGUGGCAUGGGCCCCCCACAGAGCCCAAUGGACCAGCAUAGCCAGGGCUAUAUGUCACCCCAUCCUUCUCCAAUGGGCGUACAUGAGCACGCCUCCAGCCCUAUGGCUGGUGGCGGUGGACCCACCCCCCCCCACGUCCCCCCCUCCCAGCCAGGCCCCAUGAUGCCCAUGGACCCGCAAGGAGGUGGGAGCAGUGGCGCCAUACCCAACAUGUCUGCAAUGGGCCAGCAGGGCCGGGGGCCAACAGCGUUCAGUCAGGCACAACUGCAGCAGCUCCGGGCUCAGAUCCUGGCCUACAAGGUCCUGGGCCGCGGGCAGCCGCUGCCCGAGAACCUCCAAAUGGCCGUGCAGGGCAAGAGGAGCCUACCCACAAUGCAGCAGCAGCAGUCACAGAGUGGUAGUCCUUACAACAGGCCUCAAGGCAUGCCAAUGGCACCUUUGGGUGGAGCCCAGUCCAGCCCCUGUCCCACUCCAGCCAUGCAAGGUCACAAUCAAGGCGCUGGACCCAAACCUUGGCCUGAUGGCCAAGGCGGUGAUAAUCCAGCUGGUGCCCCCAAGCACCUCGCCCCUGUCAAUGGCGGCCGCCCAUCUCCCGCGCCCCCCCAGGCCGCUGCCGUGCCAACUGGGCCUUUGCCAGGCAGCUCUGUAACUCCUCAACCAAUGGGCCAGCAGGUGUCCCCCAUGCUGCAGAUGCAACAGAAGCAGAACCGCGUCACGCCCAUCCAGAAGCCUCAGGGCUUGGACCCGGUGGGCAUCCUACAGGAGAGGGAGUAUAGGCUGCAGGCUCGGAUUGCGCAUCGCAUCCAAGAACUGGAGAGUCUGCCGGGCUCCCUGCCACCUGACCUGAGGACCAAGGCCACAGUUGAGCUCAAGGCACUCCGGCUCCUGAACUUCCAGCGACAGCUGAGGCAAGAUGUGGUGGCAUGUAUGCGGCGGGACACCACCCUGGAGACAGCCCUCAACUCUAAGGCGUACCGCCGCAGCAAGCGACAGACGCUGCGGGAGGCACGAAUGACAGAGAAACUGGAGAAGCAGCAGAAGCUGGAGCAGGAGAAGAAGCGCCGGCAGAAGCACCAGGAGUACCUCAACAGUAUUCUCCAGCAUGCCAAAGACUUUAAAGAGUACCACCGAUCCGUGUCUGGGAAAAUGCAGAAGCUCACCCGAGCCAUUGCCACCUGGCACACAAACACAGAGCGGGAGCAGAAGAAAGAGACAGAGAGGAUAGAGAAGGAGAGAAUGAGAAGACUUAUGGCCGAGGAUGAGGAGGGCUAUCGAAAACUUAUCGACCAGAAGAAGGACAAGCGUCUAGCCUACCUUCUGCAGCAGACGGAUGAGUAUGUGGCCAACCUCACCACCCUGGUGUACGAGCACAAAGCUGCACAGGCGGCGAAGGAGAAGAAGCGGAGGAAGAAGAAGAAGGUAAGGGUGGACGGAGAAGGUGGCGAAGGCACCAGUGCCAUUGGACCUGAUGGAGAGCCCAUGGACGAGAGCAGCCAGAUGAGUGAGCUACCCGUCAAGGUAAUCCAGACGGAAACCGGCAAAGUUUUGCAGGGCACCGAUGCGCCUAAAUCCAGCCAGCUGGAGGCCUGGCUCGAGAUGAACCCCGGGUACGAAGUGGCGCCAAGGUCGGACAGCGAGGAGAGCAGUUCUGAGUUUGAGGAAGAGGAGGAAGAGGAGACAGCGAAGGGCGAAAAUGACAAGACCAUAGAAGAUCCCAUCGUAGAGACAAAGCACAUUAUCGAGUCGGCCAAGCAGGACGUGGAUGAUGAGUACAGCGUGCCGACGGACGAGACCAGCCUACAGUCCUACUACGGCGUGGCGCAUGCCGUCAUCGAGAGGGUGGAGAAGCAGUCGUCUCUUCUGAUCAACGGCUCACUCAAACACUACCAGAUUCAGGGUCUGGAGUGGAUGGUGUCUCUGUACAACAACAACUUAAAUGGCAUCUUGGCUGACGAGAUGGGCCUGGGCAAGACCAUCCAAACCAUCGCCCUCAUCACGUACUUGAUGGAGCGCAAGAGGCUCAACGGCCCUUAUGUCAUCAUCGUGCCGCUUUCGACUUUAUCCAACUGGAUCUAUGAGCUUGACAAGUGGGCCCCGUCCGUGGUCAAAAUUGCUUACAAGGGUACCCCCGGCCUGCGCAGGGGACUGGUGCCGCAGCUCCGGAGCGGCAAAUUCAACGUUUUGUUGACCACCUACGAAUACAUCAUCAAGGACAAGCACAUACUGGCCAAGAUCCGUUGGAAGUACAUGAUCGUGGACGAGGGCCACCGUAUGAAGAACCACCACUGCAAGCUGACACAGGUGUUGAACACGCACUACGUGGCACCACGUCGCCUGCUGCUCACCGGCACACCGCUGCAGAACAAGCUUCCUGAGCUAUGGGCCCUGCUCAACUUCCUGCUGCCCACCAUCUUCAAGAGCUGCAGCACCUUCGAGCAGUGGUUCAAUGCCCCCUUCGCCAUGACCGGCGAGAGGGUGGACCUCAACGAGGAGGAGACAAUCCUGAUUAUUCGACGUCUGCACAAGGUGCUCAGGCCCUUCCUACUGCGCCGGCUGAAGAAAGAGGUGGAGUCUCAGCUGCCGGAGAAGGUGGAGUAUGUUAUUAAAUGCGAUAUGUCUGCCAUACAAAAGGUCUUAUACCGGCACAUGCAAAAGGGAAUCCUCCUCACCGACGGUUCUGAGAAAGACAAGAAGGGCAAAGGUGGUGCGAAGACCCUGAUGAACACCAUCAUGCAGCUGAAGAAGAUCUGCAACCACCCAUACAUGUUCCAGCAUAUCGAGGAGUCGUUUGCUGAGCAUUUGGGCUACCCCAACGGCAUCAUCAGCGGGCCAGACCUGUAUCGAGCAUCUGGGAAAUUUGAGCUCCUGGACCGCAUACUGCCCAAGCUGCAGGCCACCAACCACCGGGUGCUGCUCUUCUGCCAGAUGACCUCACUCAUGACCAUCAUGGAGGACUACUUUGGCUACCGCAACUUUCAGUAUUUGCGUCUGGAUGGAACCACUAAGUCUGACGAUCGAGCAUUGCUGUUGAAGAAGUUCAACGAGUCGGGAUCGCAGUACUUCAUCUUCCUGCUCAGCACCCGGGCCGGCGGCCUCGGACUCAACCUGCAGGCCGCUGACACCGUCAUCAUCUUUGACAGUGACUGGAACCCGCAUCAGGACCUCCAGGCGCAGGACCGCGCGCACCGCAUCGGCCAGCAGAACGAGGUGCGCGUGCUGCGCCUGUGCACCGUCAACAGCGUGGAGGAGAAGAUCCUGGCAGCCGCCAAGUACAAGCUCAACGUGGACCAGAAGGUGAUCCAGGCCGGCAUGUUCGACCAGAAGUCGUCCGGCCACGAGCGGCGCGUCUUCCUGCAGGCCAUCCUGGAGCAUGAGGAGCAGAAUGAGGAAGAAAAUGAGGUACCGGACGACGAAACCCUGAACCAGAUGAUCGCCCGCAGUGAAGAAGAAUUUGAGCUUUACAUGCGCUUCGACAUGGACCGGCGGCGGGAGGAUGCCCGGAACCCCAAACGUAAACCACGCCUCAUGGAGGAGGACGAGCUGCCCUCCUGGAUCAUCAAGGACGACGCUGAGGUGGAGCGCCUCACAUAUGAGGAGGAGGAGGAGAAGAUGUUCGGCCGAGGUUCACGCUGCCGCCGGGACGUGGACUACAGCGACGCGCUAACUGAAAAACAGUGGCUGCGGGCCAUCGAGGACGGCAACCUGGAGGAGAUGGAGGAGGAGAUCCGACUGAAGAAGCGCAAACGCAAGCGGCGUCAGGACAAGGAGCCGUUAGGCAGGGAGGACUGGGGCGCCAAGGCCAAGAAAAGGCGGGGGCGCCCACCUGCCGAGAAGCUUUCGCCCAACCACCCCAAACUCACUAAGCAGAUGAACACCAUUAUCGACACCGUCAUUAACUACAGAGAUGGGGCUGGCAGACAGCUCAGUGAGGUCUUUAUCCAGCUGCCGUCCAGAAAGGAGCUUCCGGAAUAUUACGAGCUGAUCCGAAAGCCAGUGGAUUUCAAAAAGAUCAAGGAACGCGUCAGGAGCCAUAAAUACCGCAGUGUCGGAGACCUGGAGAAGGACGUCAUGCUGCUCUGUCAUAACGCGCAGACCUUCAACCUGGAGGGAUCUCAGAUAUACGAGGACUCCAUCGUGCUCCAGUCAGUGUUCAAGAGCGCCAGGCAGAAGAUCGCCAAAGACGAGGAAAGCGAGGACGACAGUGAGGACGAUGAAGACGAGGAUGAGGAAGAAGAGUCAGACGCUGAGGCCAAGCCGGUGUGGGUGAAGAUCAAGCUAAACAAGGAGGCCCGUAAGAGCGCAGAGCGGGGCAAGAAGAGGCAGAGCCGAGCCAAGGCCAAACCCGUGGUCAGUGACGACGAAAGCGACGAUGACCAGGACGGCAAUGAGCAAUCUGACAUCAGCGAUGACGAGUGAGGAAGAGUUGACCCUGGGACGGUUGAACACCAAUAAGCUCCUCUCGUUGUCCAGGUUCUUACUUUGUUUUCAUGUUGUCCUGUUAGUUCACAGAGCCCACCCCUCUUUCCUCACAGCUUGGACACGUAUCCCCUCAUAAUAACCAGAUGAGCUGCAUAUUCAUAUGAUAUAAUCUUGUUUUCAAGGCAGUUGUUUUUUAAAGGAGAUUUGAUGUAUGUACUUGCUUUUGCUAUUGAUACGCAAACGCUUACGCGCGCACUUUUUAGGAGCUCACUUAUUAAUAUGAAAUGUCAAGAUUUCAUGUUGCUCAUCCAGAACGGGGGUGUCCAAAAUCUUGGGUACUCAAGACAAGAGAAUGUAGAACAGAGCUGCUUUCUAAUAAUUUGCAGGGUCGGAUCUAGUGGGAUUCAGGGGUGAGGCCACCCCAAAAUCCUAAACAAUGUACAGGGGGUCACUAACAUAGGCCAGCUGUCCCCAACCUUUUUUGCGCCAUGGAUUAUUAAGACAUUUUGACUGAAACAAGAGCAAAUGAUUAAAUAUUCAACUCACCAUUACGCUGAAUGUAGUUCUUGUAAUUUGUCGGAGACCUGCACUUGUCUAUCUUCAACAAGCUGGCCUGUCUCAUCUAGGAGUAAUCUUUCUUUCAAAAGUCUCCAAAUGCUUGUCUUUUAAGACCACAUCAACAUUGUAAAUAACAAACAGUUCUUAAUGUUCUAUCUGGAUGAAUAGGGUUAAAAAGUAAAUAAAUGCUGGGUGUUUUUGCGUGCGAGUCAACUAGCAAUAAACCCGUACCUUAAAUAGGAUUGCCGAUACUACAUUUUAAGAAUGGCUUUCUUUUUCCUGGAAUUCAUCUUCCGUCUUAUUUUUUGGCCUGUUCACCUUUUCGUAGAAGCUCUUCAAGCCAUUUUAGGUGGAAUGAAUAUAGGUUGAAUUCGCCAGCGGAUAUAAAUCUUUCUAAAGAAAAAUUCUGUCUUUUAAAUGAGCCUAAAAUGACAGAGCUACACAAAAACACUUGUUUCAAGUGUCCCAUUGAAAAUCAUGAAAAUGCCAUUUCUUCCCAUUUUUAUUCCUUAUCUUUUGUUAUGAUUUCAACAUAGACUUUUAUAGUUGUCCACCAGAUGGCGUUACUAGUCCCCAUCUAAAGCAUGCAGUAACAUUUUAAACUACAAACCUAUUUGCUGUAAAUGUCCCUCACCAUUGAAACAAUAACUGUGUUUGUCCAAUUCAAUUAACUCUUUUUCUUAGACACCUGCGUUAUAAACUAAUUCAACAUUAAAGUGUUCAAAUCCCCAAAUAAUACUUCAUUUUUAGUAUGUAUAUUUCAGGCUGAAGUCAUUUUAAAAGCCCUUUUUAUGGGAAAGGUUGGACACCCCUGAUUUUGGACUGCAUGACUGGGACAUUUUAUGACAAACUCAUCGUCAACAUCCAGUUGAGGUGGACAAAACAUUUUUUUUUUAAAGUAUACACCACAAUAUAUUUGAAUCAGUAUUUUUUAUUUGAGAGGUGAUUCAAUUCAUUACAAAUCCUUAGUAAUUUCUUUUGUUGUUUUUUGCAUGAAUUCUCAUUUUGUAGUAUUCUUCCUCGCAGAUGUCAUUCAUCAGUGUCGACUUAAUGUUUGCUUUCUUUGCACAGCGUCUUUGUGGUUGUAUUGAAUUGCCCAGAGCCAAUUAAAUCUCACCAAUUUGGAGCACUAAAACAUAUUUGUCCUGUCUUUCUAUAUAAGUAAGCAUGUUAGAGCUGGGCGACAAUUCAAUAUCACUAUAGAGCGCGACAGAUACAUGAUCAAUAUCAAUAGAGAAUAUGUUCGAUAGAAAAACAUCUUGACGAAAACCCCGCCAGUGAUGUCGCAAGGGAUUCUGCGGGAGCCUUCAAUAGAGGCUUUAGGGCUUAUCUCAUUUCUCUUUCUGCCAGGUUGCUGUUGUUGUAUAUGGAGGAUGUAGAAGCAAGGAAGAGACUUAAGAUCUACCCUUAGCCUCUUGACCUAUUAUGGCUCAGCUAAACAAAUUUGGUUGUGUCCAUGUUUUGAAAGACAAUACGAAUAGCCAAUAAUAAUGCAAGUUGCUCCACGCUAAGCCAAUCUUGUGACGUGCAUAGAGCCAUGCCAAGUUAGGUUGACGGAUACAGCACAUUAGUAGCGAGACGUAACAGGCGCUGUUUGUAGUUUUCAGCCGGAGCCGUGGGAAAGUGCUGGAAAAAAAGAGAGAAAAUGUGAUUCCGCUGAAGAAACGACGGGAGACACAGUCCAAGCCUCAACGGAUGACAUUGUUGACAGGAAAGGCCCAAAACUUUCGGCAGUGUGGAGUUAUUUUGGUUUUUGUAAAGUCUGACAAGGAACAGAGAAGUGUGCACUGCAAAUUAUAUCAAGCGUUUAGAGAAUACGACAAAGACAGAGAAUACCAAACGAUCUUCUUUACCAAGUGAAGUAGUGCCACGCGCACACUCAAUGCAAGACUUUACAAUCCCAGACUGGAGCAAGGGCUAAUCCCCCGAAAAUAACAAACAAAUUGUAUCGAAAAAGACAGGCUACCAGUAAGCACGGUUGAAAACAAGGGAUUCAAGUGGAUGAUAAAAGUAAUGGACUCUCGUUACCCUGGGCUUAAAUUGAAAUUGGAAAACUUGCAA